AUGACUCAACGAAAAACUGCGGCAGCUCGAACACUAGCAGGAUGUACAACACUUCUAAAAGCGCUAACUGGAGUAAGAGAAGGGGGCAGUGACAGAAUCCUUCCCGUUCUACUGCGUCAUCUACGACAUCAUGCGAAAACAGUAGAUCAAUGUCUUGGCGAUACCAUCCUAACGCCAUCAAGGUGCCCUUUGACCUAUCUCGAGAACGCCGACGAUGUUGUUAUAUUCGCGGAGAGCAGUGCGAAACAUCAACAAAUUGUCAACCUUGCACCGAAAGUAGCUGCAGUCUAUGGGCUACGUCUACGUCUUGAUAAAUAUCUUUGCGCGGAACUAGAUGUGGUGUACCGACCGAGAGCAACUGGAAAGUAUCAACAUCUGACACGACCGUCGAAAUUAGCUGCAGAAAAUCAUCUUCGCUUCUUCGGUCACAUUACAAGUGCACCAGCGGACCCCCUUAUUCAACCUGCUCUGCGGAUUCUCUCGGAUUCGGGAUGGAAGAGGCCGCCUGGCCGAAACCGGACGUUCCAGAGUGAGGUGAUGAAAGAGGGCCUGAGGACACCCAGUGUGGAGGGGCAGUUCAGGAGAGACCUCUCGCUGAAGAUCGAGAAGAUUAGGCAGAGCUUUGAUCAAGGACGGCACACCUCGGCGAAGAUGCGGGUAAUCGCGUCAGGCGAUGACAUCAGCCCACCAAUUAAGUCAAAUAAGUCAUACGCCUAG